AUGUCAAGAAGAAGCAUUUUACUAGGAUAAACAAUGUCUGAUUCAGAAAGACAGAAUUUACAAAAAAUCAUCUAUUAAAUAGAAUAGAAUCCAGAUAUUUAUGAAUAAUUAUCUGAAGAAUAAGUGCUUGGAAUCAUAUGCAUCAUUCUUAAUAAGUCUUCAUAUCAUAGAUCUUUUGCUGAAAUGGAUAUUUUAAAAAAAGCAACCAAAAGCAAUGAAUACUUCUAGAACAUGAUAAAUCAACCUUAAGGUGAAUUAUUAUGGGAAAGAUGUUUAAGGAAAAUGACUUAUAAUUUUUUACCAAUCGGAUUCAAUCUUUUUAGAGAAGGAGAUGCUGGAACAACAUUCUAUAUCAUUUUAUAAGGUCGAGUUUCAAUACAUAAAAAAUAUCAAGUUGGAGUUAAUUAAUUUGAAGAAAGAGAACUGACUCAGUUGCAUAAAGGUUAAUCUUUUGGAGAAUUAGCAUUAGAAAAUGAUGCUCCAAGAUCAGCAUCUGUAAAAGCAUUAAAUUCUACUCAUUUAGCUGUUUUAGAGAAAGAAGACUAUAUGAUAAUAAAAAAGACUUUAGUAAUAAAUUAAUUUUAUCAUUAGUCUAAUUAAUAAAAGCAAAUGUAUUUCGAAGAAUUUGCUAAAUUAUCUAUCUUUUCAGAUUGGAAAUUUACAAAUAUUAAGGGAUUGUUUGAUAAUGUAAAAUUUCAUUAAUAUGGAUUAAAUCAUUAAAUAUAUAAAGAAGGUGAUUAAUCAAAUUAAGUAUAUUUUAUUCAACAAGGGGAAUUGAAAGUAAUAUUAAAUAUCUAUAGAAAUAGGUUAUUAAGUACCUAUAAUUGAUCAAAUAAAAUAAUUAAAACUAAAUCUAAAUUCCUACUAAUUGUGAUAAAUAAUUAAAAGAUUCUGAUGAAAUUAAUUAACUUUAAGAACUAAGUGUAUUUCAUAAAAAAUAAUUGACAAAUAGUGAAAAAAUAGAUGAACUUUUUUAAAAAAAGAAAUAUGGACAUUUGAUAUAAGUUGAUAAAAGAUAAACUAUAACAUUAAAAUAUAUUGGAGCAGGUGAAAUGUUUGGAGAAUUAGAAAUUCUUAAAAAUUAGGAGAUUCCUCGAUAAGUGAGUGUAAUCACAACUCAAGAAUAAAAUAAAAUCUAUUCUAUACAUAAAAAAGAUUUUCUUAGAGUAUUAUACUUUGAUUAAGUUUUGCAUUAAAAUUUAGUAUAUCUAAAUGAUAAUAAGCUAAAAUAAAUUUUACAUUAAAUCAAAGGUUUUUAAAAAAAUUUCUUUGAUAAAUAAGAUAAAUAAUAAUUAUUAGAAACUACUUAAAAUAAAGAUUUCUUAACUUUAGAUUAUAAAGAAUAUGAAGAAUAAUAAUAAAAUCAGAAAAAAAUAAGUAGUUCAAAAAAAAAUAUUUCUCUUAGAAAUUUUAUUUUAGAUAAUAAAACAUAAGAUAUUGGUUUAACACUUUAAUAAAAAGAAACAUUCACAAAUAGAAAUUAAAAUUUAAUGUUUCAUAAACAUACUUUAUCAGAUUUCAAAUUAAAUACUGAUAGAGUAUUAAAUACAAAUUCAUCUUCAAAAACAAAUUUAAAGAUUAGAUCAAAUAAUUAAAGUCCAGAUUCUUCUUCUAUUCAAUAAUUAAAAUUGAAUUUAUGUAAAUAUUAAUAGACAUCACCUCUUUCAAGAACAUCAAGAAUGUUAAGUCCUUAAGAUUCUAUAUUUAGUAAAUCUUAAGGUUUAAGGAAGUUCUAAAAUAGUUAAAUUUAUUUCAAUAAUACUUUACCAUUUAUUAUGUAAAAUAGAUAUAUCAGAAUUAAAAGUAACUUAAACAAAAUUUAAUGUAAUUUAUGA